AUGGACUACCGACGGCUACAACAUUCAUAUCCGCCGCGGCCCUCGCCGUUGGGGACCUCGCAAGAAACUCAUACCGACCAGCUCCGUCAAUUCGCCGCACCUCACGAGUCUCGUGGUAGAAUCGAAUCCGAUAAGCCUCGCCCAUACCCUUCUCCCGCUUCAAAUUCAACUUCCUCUCCGUCGCAGCUCUACCAAUCUACGAUUCCGCGGACGUCGCAGGCUUCUCUUCGGGAAGAUGCUCCCAGCGCAUACUUUCCGCCGAGGAACGGCCAUACACAAGUACACCGUCGGCACGGGAGUCUCGAGACGAGGAAUAAUGAACAGACACAUCGCAGGAACAAUUCACAGCCUCAGAAUGUUCGAUAUCGCGAAGGGCUUUUUGGUGCUUCAGUGAUGAAUCAUACACCCUCACAACACGAACCAGCGCGUCGUACUUCCCAAGGCAGCAGUGGGAGUUCUGGCCUUGCUGGUAAGCACCCGACCUUUGCGCCCGAGAGCCCCGUGCAACCCGUCCCGUCGCGAUACAUUGAUUUCGAGACUCCAUCCGAUCGGGACAUGCAUGGUCAUCUUGGAAUUUACUCGCUGUACGAACACUGGCUAACACUAUCUUAUGUGCUAGGUGCGAACGAACAAGCAACACCUCCCGCGUUCGGGAAUCGCCAAAUGCCACCCCCAUCCCCUCCACAUUCAUAUUCCUCGCGAGCUCAAUCAACCCACGCGCCGGGAGCCUCACUCAUGUCGCGUGAUGUCCCCAGCAGUCAGGCACACCGGCCGGGCAGCAGCAUGUCCAUAUCCGCCAUGCUAGGCUCGGAGCCGGACCGGCCUGCGCGAGAACCUGCACGGGAAUCAGCGCCAUUCUUCUCGCGACCGCCUACAUUAGCGAUGUUGGGUAAUGCACCCCCAUCAUCAUCAUCCUCCGCCAUGUCCCCGCCCACGGCUCCGACAAGACCCUCAUCGCUCGAGAAUUCCAUCUUCCGGCGUUCACAUACACCCGAAAAGUCAUUCUCCAAGCCUGGAGGUGCGCGUGCGUACCGGUCGGGGUCGGGCGGAGGUUCGAGUCUCCUGGGCGCAGAGCAAUCAGUAUUCGGCGGCUUGACGCGGUCGGCACUCUCGCAGUAUCCGGAGAAGCCGCACUCCACGCAUCCUUCGCCUCGAAUGUCCACGGCAGAGCCACCGUACAACGAGCCUCGUCGCUUGAGUCUCAACGGACCGAUCGCUCGACCCAAUAGUCAACCACCCCAUGCAGAUACACCUACACGGGCCCCCGGCUAUAGUCCGAUCUCUCAACCGGGCGGGGGUGUCGCAGAUCGCCCCUUCGAUUCUGGCCCUCGGCUUGCAUCUGGGUCGUACGGAAGUCAUGAUCCACAGCAUGGUCGGUUUGGAAACAUCUUUGGUGAGCGCCGAUCGGAUGAAGCCGCCCAGCGGGAUCGAGAGCGUGCCCAGACUCACGGACCCGAUGCCAAAUUGGGCCAGCCAGGAUCGUAUCGCUAUGGCUCCCAUUACGGUGAACGCGACCCGCUCGAACGUCAUCAGAGUGCCUCUACAUGGGACCACGGUCGAUCUCACCCUCCAUCGCCGGAGAGCAAGCGCUUCCUGGUGCCCGAGCACGGGUCUGGCUUCGGGUUUGGGGCCAUUCAGAGCUACACUAAAUCACUGGGGUCGCAGCCCGGUGGCAGUAGACAGCCCCAGAUCUCUCUGCAGGCUCGGAACAAUCAACCCACACCUCCACCCCACGAUCCAUACCUGAGACAACAAGCGCAGCCUCACCGGUCGGGCUCCACCCCUGCUAUCACGGCAUCGACCGCUGCCGCAUCUUCUAGUCUAGCAGCCCUGGCUGAUGAGGGACGACGCAAAGGAAGCGACGAGCUGCUCCAUCACCGCAGCCUUCUGGCCGUUGGUGCAGAUGGGAAACGCGGCGGUCGUGCAUCGCCCCUUCCUCAGGCUGUACAGGGUGCCCAAGCCCCGUUCAUUGGCCCUGCUGGGGAGCCAGCGAUCAAGAAUGACCUGGGGCGAGUGUUCUCCGGUAUUGGAAGUGGUGUUGGUGGCGUGACCGCGGCCACUGGUGGCAGCGGACACUCUACCCCUCUAGGCGCUAGUCCUUUCAAACGCGAUAGCCUCACAGGUCGCUCGAUGAAUGGAGACGCGGUUGAUGAGGCGUCUAAGAUUGGUCGACCUUCCUCUGCGGCAGGCAGACGGUCGGGAAAGUCGCGAGAGCAGGAACAGAUGGAAAUUGAGGCCAACGACCCGCGAGGCGUACUAUCGGCACGCAAUGCACGUCGCUCCCGGCAUUCUCACCACCAUCAUCAUCACCACCAUCAUCACCGCCACAAAGCAGAUGAAGACGCGGCCGCUCUGGCCUCCCUCCACCGCUCUUCGGGCUUCUUCCGUCGAGCAUCCCCAGCGGAUCCCUCUCUAGGGCAUCAUCACCACCAACAUCACCAUCACCAUCACCACCACGUUCCUCGACCGGGCCCCAUUCCAGUUUCAUCCCCCGUUCGCGAAGCUCGUAUUACCGUGAAUCUGGAGCCGCUGUUGUCAAGCGUCGCCCAUCUUCCUCGACAUCAUCUUGGCUCGACGCUCUACGCUCCUCGGAUCGGUGUCCCCACUGCCAAGUCUUCCGUGGAAAGCUCCAAGUUCGGAUACACCACAAGUCCCCAGCCUCUCCCGCGGUUCGAAAAUCGGGAAAAUUGCACGUUCACUAUUCGAGUUCCACGAUUCCGCAUCGAUCAAUCACAUCGAGAGGAAAUCUGUGCGCGGCGCGCCCUUUGGGGCACCGGUGUUUACACCGAUGACUCUGAUCCCGUCGCCGCGGCCAUCCACUCUGGCUUUAUUCGCGGCGCGUGGGGCGAGGGUGUCGACGAGUCCAUGCUCGACCUCGAGAUUAAAGAUACCUACCAACACGCACCGCCACCCGAGCCGUCUACCGACGGCAAGGCUAGCUCUUCGGCCAAGGGCCCACGGCUUCCUCCGAUACCCCCGGCCGACAAGGACUUGCACAUCACCCUGUUGAUUCUUCCGCGAGUGGCCCAGUAUGAUAGCACUCUCUUAUUCGGUGUGAAGUCCCGCAAAUGGGAUGGCCGCCACGAUGGCAUGAGCUUCAAGGUCCAUGCCGUUGACUGGGUGGACGAGGGCGUUGGCCGCGGGGAAGAGCGCAGCGGCGAGGCCCGUCGCAAACGUCUCCGCACGCUUAUGCAAACUGGUCGCAUCUGCACAGGGCCUGCCAUGGCUAAGAUGGAUGAACUCCGCCGCAGCGGGGUGCAAGUGCCCCGACCUAUCGAUGGCCAGGCGCAGGACCAGCCAGCUGCCGUGCAGCCAGUCUCCUAA